AUGGCAGUGACUUUCAGUGGCACCCAGGACAAGUGCAAGGCCUGCGAGAAGACGGUCCACUUCGUCGACUUCCUCUCCACCGACGGAGUCAUCUACCACAAGUCCUGCUUCCGGUGCAGCCACUGCAAUGGAACUCUCUCUAUGUGCAACUACUCUUCCAUGGAUGGUAUUCUUUACUGCAAGCCACACUUUGAGCAGCUCUUCAUGGAGACCGGUACCUUCACGAAGAAGUUCCCGACCGUCACAAGGUCCGGAGAGAGGAUUCCGAGCAAGUACUCAUCCAUGUUCUCUGGAACUCAAGAUAAAUGUGCCACUUGCAAGAAGAUAGCGUACCCUUUGGAGAAGUUGAUGAUGGAAGGGGAGAAUUACCACAAGACAUGCUUCAAGUGCUCGGUGGGAGGGUGCAUCUUGACGCCCGCAUCGUAUGCUGCACUAAACGGCAUCCUCUACUGCAAGCACCACUUCGCGCGGCUGUUCAUGGAGAAGGGAACCUACAGCCAUGUCAUCCAAGCUGCCAUGCUCAAGCAAGCGGCCGCCGUAGAGCAUGCGGUAGGGCAGCUGCCUGCGCUCUAG